GCUCCGAAGGGGCGGAGUCACAAGGGCGGGGGCUGGAGUGAGACGGAACCGCGGCGGACCAGAGGAAGGCGGAAGGAAACCAGGAACAGAAAGCUGAUUUUCUUAAGCGGCGCGGGUGUGAGAUCCUCGGACCCGGCGCAGUCAUGGAGGCGGGGCCGCUCUUGCACUUCUGCAACUGGAGCACACUAGUAGUGUGCAUGGUCAUCAAAUUCCCGCAGAUCUUCGCCCUGCUCUCCGCCAAGAGUUCGCGGGGGGUCAGCCUGAAAAGUUUGCUUCUGGAGCUGGCUGGAUUCCUUGUGUUUCUACGGUACCAGAGUUAUUAUAGCUACCCUCUGCUGACCUACCUGGAGUACCCAAUUCUCAUUGCCCAAGAUGUCAUCCUCUUACUAUGUGUUUUUCAUUACAAUGGAAAUAUAAAGCAGGCCAUCCCAUAUAUUGCCGUAUUUCUGGGUGGAUGGUACCUCUUGACUCUUCAGAAGUGGAUAAUCGAUUUGGCAAUGAAUUUGUGCACCUUUAUUAGUGCUGCCAGCAAGUUUGCCCAGCUCCAGUACCUGUGGGAGGCAAAGGAUUCUGGAGCAGUGAGUGCCCUGACCUGGAGCAUGUCUGCCUACACUUGUGCAACAAGAGUAAUAACAACUUUAAUGACCACUCAGGAUCUUAUGGUUCUUGUCCGUUUCCUGAUCAUGCUGGCUCUAAAUAUAUGGGUAACAGCUACAAUACUUCGCUACAGGAAGACAACUACAAAGGAUGAGUAACUGAGCAUCCUCACAGAGCAAAUUACUCAAACUGGAACAAAAGCGAAUUAACUUAUUUUCUCCAGCAGAAGACUGAUGUAAAGUUGUUUGGAUUUUAAAAUCAGUAUGAUAAUGGAAGUGUGACAACUUUAUUAUCUAAUCACAUUUUUCUACUUUUCAGCUUGAAGCUACAAAGCAUGUGCUGUUCCAUUUCCCCUGAGGGACAAGAGGUUGCACAGGAAUUGUAUCCCAGAGAUUUAAGAGCCAGAAGGGAGCUUAUUGGUCUAGUCCAGAUCUCUCAUUUUACUGAUAGAGAAACUGAGGCACAGAGAAGAAAGAGUUAUGAUUAAGGUAGUAGCUUAACUCCUUGGCUGGUAGAACUCUUUGGUUCUUCUUUCUAAUGAAGCACUUUAAUUGUAUAAAUUGUUAUUAAAAAUCUCACUGUGCCCUGGUCAGUUCCUAAAGGAUAAUGAAAUUACAGUUGCAACACGGCAAUCUCACAAUGGUGCCUGGUUUCACAUAAGGUUUCCAUUAUUUGAAUGAACACUUGAAACAUUUCACUGGAUUUUGAAAUUAAUGCAGCUGGGCAAGACCAAUUUCAGUUUUUAAAAAAUAAAUACAUGCACACAAGAUUUAAGUGGAAGGGACCUUUCAUUUCACAACCUAGAAAAGGUUAUAAUCAAAGAUAUAGAAUGAAUAGGGAAUUUAUUGAUCCCAUGGUUCAGGGGAAGACUGGCCCAAAGGGUAGAAUCAGUAUUAGAAUAUAGGCAAUAUGAAAUUACAAGGGCAUUCAUGACAAAGAUUCAAACAUAAGCUUUCUACUAUCCAUUGCUGCCAUUUGGACAUGGUUAUAUCUUUCCUUCUUAUUUAACCCUAUAAUUAACUCAGAUGGGAAUGGGGCAUGUUUUUCAUUACAACUAUAUUGCUUUUAACUAUUUGUAUACAAAUUUGGUUAAAAAAGUUUAAAUUUAAUUAGCAUGUAAAAUAAACAUUCAUACUUUGAACACU